AUGCCCCUCAACAUCACAUGGGACGAGCCCCGCCCCGCCUCCUCUGGGCCGCUGAUCACCUUUCCCCCUCAACCCCUGGUGACCGACACCUCACCCCGCAAACUUAAAAAGAAGGUCUCGUUCGCUCACUCAAUCAAGUCGACUACGUCGGAUAAACCGGACCAUACUGCUGCGGAGACCACGCCACAGAGUAGCCCGGACGAUGGGAAGGGGGAGAGCAAGUCGGGAUGGCGGAGUAAAGAGAGGGGUGGUGAGUCGGGGAAUGAGGAGGAACCUCCGGCCUCCCCCUCUGGGAAGUCGGGCUGGAUGAGCCGGUUUGACUUCAAGAGCAAGAAGAGCAGGCCACUCCCCCUUCCUGAUCCUGAUCUCGUCGACAGUCCCUCCUCACAUCCCGCACCCGCGGCCACACCAGUCCCUCACAUCGCCGAAGCUGAACCCACAUGGCAUCAUCACGACCGGUACUUCCCCACCUUCUCCGAAUCCGACAUCUUCGGCGCCCCCAAGCCCUCUCCUGCCACUUCCGCCGCCGGCGCAGGGUACCGCUUCGUCUCUCCCUUCGAAAACGCCCUCACUCCCAUAGAGCAGCAGGCGAAAGAACACUCCACCCUCUCCGGCCGGCCCGUCAUCGUGCACUACCCGGAUCUGCCGGCGUUCAAGGACUACCUGGCGGGCAAGACACCCGAGGCGAUCGGCUGGAAGAGUCCACAGUGGGGCACGGAGGGGUGGACGGGGUAUGGCUGGGGCGGAGAGGUCUUGCCUGAUAAAGAUGGGAAAACGUUCGGGGCUGCGAUGCCGGAGGGUGUGCUUCCACCCGUACCUGGUGGCAAGAAGAAGAAGGGGAAAGGGGGAGGCGGGGAGGAUGGGGAGGGAGGGGAGGGUGGAGAGGGCGGGGAAGAAGGCGAGGACGGUGAGGAUGGGGAGAAGGAGGGAGAAGAGGGUGGGGAGGCGGGUACGGGCGCGGGUGGCGAUGCAGGGGGAGGUGGCGGCGGCGGGGGCGGAGGGGGUGGCAAGAAGAAGAACAAGAAGAAGAAGUAG